AUGGCGGCCCGACCUAGCAGCAAUAGCUCCCCAAACCCCAUCCGAAUAUCUCACGACUCCAUGACCUACGGCGUCGAACUCGAGUACGUAUUUGCGUUUAAGGAGGGCCUGAUCCAGCUCACUCCCUUCCGCGGCAACCCUCACGGCCGCACCCUCGUCAAGGACCUCCCCUACGCCACCCGCGCCGAAGAGCGCUUCAGCAGAUGCAGCCCCCGCUUUGUCCCGAACAGGAUCUACAACAGCUGGGGCGUGCAAACGGAGGAGCCUCCUCGAGAUGGCCACGCGCUGAACCCGUACGCGGUGGAGCCGCUGCGGAUCGUGGAAGCGAUCCUAAGGAAGGGGGUGCCGGCGCUGCAGGAGGAGCGGGGUGCGGCUCGGGGCAUGGCAGGUCGGACUGUAAGGGUUAUGAAUACGUUGCUGCCUGGGGAGAAGCAGCAGCUGAAUUGGGAGAAUAAGAUGCAGUGGAAGGUUACGAAGGAUCAUUCGGUUUGUGGGGUUGGAUCGGGGAACAUCUCUAGUUGGCUUCCUGGUAAAGCAGCAGGUGGUAGUGACAGCUGGGACUCCAUCGGUGUCGAGAUCAUAUCUCCUGUGCUGGACUCAGGACAGCCAGCCGACAAGGACAGGAUCCGCGAUAUAAUCGAGGCCAUGAAAGGUGACACAACAGCUGGAGCCUUCGUCACAAACCAGUGUGGCCUACACGUCAACGUCGGAGGUCCUACCGCCGAUGACUUCGGCCAUCUCGAAAGAGCCGCGGCAGAAAAGCACGCCUCUGAUAUCAAGAAAGAGCUUGCAAUCAUUCUCCUCGUCUACGAGUACGAGAUCGCUCGCUUGCAUCCCCCGUGUCGCCAUCCCGGCCAUGCAAAUGCCGCGUAUCAAUUCUCAAGCAAUCGCCUCGGUCUGAUCAAGGACCGCCUUGUGAAGUUCCCGGGCGAGCUGAUCAAUGAUUCGGUAGACACGUCUCUGAAAAGCUUUAUAAACGUCGACUGCUCGACGCGAGCUGCAAGUGAGGUAGCUUCAAUCCCUGCUAUACGAAGCGCCAUGGAAAGGGCGACGGUUGAGAACAUGGUGCACCUGAUGCACUGGCCGGCGGUCUACGACAAGUUCCAGGAGAAGCCGAACCGGCAGAACGGAGAUAAGGACCGUCAGGUCAACUUGACGUAUCUCCUGCGCGACAGUUCGCUGCCGAGGACCAUCGAGUUUCGACAAGCGAGAGGCAGUCUUGACGCUGAGGACGUCAGCCGGUGGGUGGACUUCUGCAUCGGCCUCGUACGUCUCGCGCGUCUGUAUGUUGAGGAUCCGUCGCGUUUCAGAGUCGAUGACUGGGGUGUUACCUGGCUUGCAGAUGGCACGCGUCGUUUCAGCCGCAUCUCUGUCUUUGAUCUCAUUCGAGAUAUGGAUCUGGGAUAUGGUGCUUAUGAGUACUGGGAGAGCCGGAUCGCGAAGUUUGCCCUUUAUGAGGACGGCGACGAGACCGAUCGUUUAGAUGACGAGGAGCCACCAGCGGGAUUCAUGUCUACCCGGGGUGGGACUAAUCCAUUGGGAUAUACGCCUUCGCUGAGAGGAAGAGGAGGAAGGCUGGAUCCGAAUACAAUUGCUCCGUCGAUGCGAGGAGAUGCAGGUCUCUCUAGAAAGAGGGAGGGCGAUGAUCAAGAAUCUCCGAGCGUAGCACCAAUACAGGCCGAGCUGGAUAAUGCCGCAUCGGGAGCCUCCAUGGUCCAAAUUCAAAUCGGCGAAGAAGCUGCCACCUAA